AUGACGUUGUCCACAUCUGGUUCAAAUGUUAUGCACUCGUCAACGUCAAAGAUGGAGCUUCGAAGCAGUGAAGUAAGUAGAUCAAAAGUAACACCAAGUAAGAAUCAUGGUGGAAUGGGUAUUCCUGUCCUACGAAGCAGUCGAACGACUAAAGUGAGUUCAAACUCGAGUAUCAGUGGGUUUUCAACGAGUAUCAGUGGCCGUAGUGCUUAUGAUGAAAGUAAUGAUACCGGAGGAGCUCAGAGCACACCAUAUGAACAAUGGAGACGACUGAGAAGAGCACGAACUGCUAGUGGCAAUAGUUGUGCGAGCACGAGCAGCACGAGCAGCUUUGCAUCGUACGUGAUAAAUCCCAAUACAGGACGAUACAACUUUGGACUAGGCAGUGAUGACGAUGAUGACGAAGAUUUGGACAACAUUAUGGAUGUUGAAGAGGUGAAAGAUAGACAAGAAGGACUGCCAUCAGUGUUACAACAUAUCAUCGCACCAUCACUGCCGCCGCCACCUUAUCCGGUAGACCCGUACCAUUUUUACUGCAAGUCAAAGAAACUACACGCUAGUGUUGGUACUGCUGCUGCCGACGUCACGUCGACGCUUGCAGCAUUGUUUGCAGAGUGCGGUAUUGAAGCUAUUUUUCACCCGCUGAAGUGCAAAUUCAAGUGCCUUAAGUAUGUGCAUUACAGCCAUGUCGAGUUUGUUGUGCGAGUCUACGCACACCAGCGCACGCUUCUUGUGGAGUUCCAGCGCCGCAGCGGAAGUGUGUUGCUAUGGGAUGGAUUGUAUCGCAUUCUUCACCAAAAGCUUGCUUUCAUUAUCGAUACCUCUGCGUUGCCAUGUUCCCAGAGUAGCGGUCAAAAACGUGUCGCGAGGAACAGUGCUGUUUUGGCUACAGGAAAGCGCGCUUUCGAAUCAGACCGACGUGAUCAUAUGCCUACCUUGAGACCAGACCGCGAAAGUCUUGGGACGCAGAUUUGGCGAACACUGUCACUAAAGCAACCAACGCCCAGCUCAGGUGUUGAAGCGAUGAAGAUAAUGCUGACAUCUCGGUACCUGGACGCAAUGCGUGAAGGAUGUACUGGCCUUGCGGAGCUUACAGAGGACGUUCAGAACUCCUGUCUUGUGGCCCGUGCCGAUCUUGUGAUGCCACUAAUGGAAGCGGCCGAAGCUACAGACCUUAGUAUGUCGCGCUGCGCUAUUGGCACUUUGGCAAACAUUGCUCUUGCUGUGCCACGAUUUCCAGAAAACGAACUGGCACUAGCACGACGAACAGCGGAGCAGCUUCGAAUGAAAGCCACGCCGGUGGUGUUGGCGCAACUUGAGCAUUCAAAUGAGCGAUCUCUUUUUUCCAUUGAACUACUUCGGGAAUGCGCUCGAGCACUUGGCGCAUUUGCCGGACUAGUGGCGGAGGUGGAUCCGAGGUUACUAGCUGCCUCCAGUGUAAACGAUGAACGGUGCAUGCGCAUUCUUCGUUUGUACGCGAAACAUCGUGACACGCAGCUCGCCUCUAACUGUCGUGCUGCUUUGGAGCAGCUAUGCCUGGGCAUGUAG